UCGUAUAAAUAAUAACCACCGCCGCGGUCAUAGGCAGAAGCAAUUUGUACUCCGAUCCAAGAGAACCUCCAUACACUCAACCACAAUCAAAAUGCGCGCUUUCAUCGUUAUGUGCCUGGUGGCCGUCGCCUGCGCCGACAAACUUGGCUACAAUUACCAGCCCGUGGGACACUCCAGCUCAGGACUUUCCUUUGCUCCUGGCAGUGGUUCCAUCGGAGGAGGAUCGCUGGGAAGUGGCUCCCUGGGAGGUGGCUCCUUGGGAGGUGGCUCUCUGGGAGGUGGCUCUCUGGGAGGUGGCUCUCUGGGAGGUGGCUCUCUGGGAGGUGGCCUUCUCGGAAGUGGAUCCUUGGGAGGUGGCUCCCUGGGUGGUGGCUCCCUUGGUGCCGGUCUUGGCAGCCUUGGAGGCAGCAUCGGAGGUGGUGAUGCCCUGAGCGCCCCCGUCUCCUACAGCGCUCCAGCCCCUACUGGUGAACUCGAGAAGGAAUUCUUCACCUUCAGCGCCAAUGAACAGGACUUCGAUGAGCCCCAGCAGCUGGAGAAGGUCUCUUCCGCCCUGAACAAGGCCCUGCGCGUCGUCUUCAUCAAGGGACCCGAGAACCGUGGCCUGGAGAACGCCGCUCUGGCUCUUGCCAAGCAGGCUGCCCAGCAGGAGACCGCCAUCUAUGUUCUGAACAAGCAGGCUGACAUUGGUGAUCUGGCCAGCAAGUUGAACGCCAUCCGUAACAACAACAACAACAAGCCCGAGGUUCACUUCGUCAAGUACCGCACCCCCGAGGAUGCCGCCAACGCCCAGCGUGCCAUCCAAUCGCAGUACGACCAGUUGGGAGGAUCCUCUCAGGCUCAUGAUGGAGGUGUCGCCUCCGCCUUGAACUUUGCCUCCGCUGGACCUAUCCAGAAGGCCAACGCCCAGAUCCCCGACAACGCCUACUUGCCCACUUCGGUCUUCCGUCGUCGUUUGUAAAAGUUUAAAAAUGACCUCGUGAUUUAGCUGUAUCCUUUUUGUUACAAAUGUUAUUGUUGAAACUUAUUGAUUAAAAAUAAACAAAAAAAAUUAAAUACAAA